AUGGGUAAGAGACAACUUGGAAUCGGUCGCAACUUGCGGAAGAGACAAAAGACCGAGGAAGCAUCCAAAGCUGAAAAGAAACAAGCUGAUGGUUUGAAAGAAAGUGCAGAAAAGGACACAGAGGAGUAUAUUACGGUUCCAUUAGACGAAGAAGUAGAUGCAGAGGAUCCUACAUCCCAGUUACGUGCAUUAUGGAAGACAUGGCUUGAUUCGGAUAGGGAGAGUGAGCUUCUUUUGAACGGUAUAGUUAACGAAUGUGACAGAUUGGUCAGAUUAGCCGACAAAGCAUCCAAGACGAGGAAAGAUCAAACGAUCGAACUAGAAUCAGAUGUUUACGCUAUCUUUGGUAUGGCAUUGGCUGAAUUGGCUAAGUUUCAUACUGAAGACACUACUGCCGGAAGUACUGUUAAGGAUUACUUCGAUAACGCAGUUGAGAGAAUCGAGCUUGGUGAAGCAAGAAAACCAGAAAAUGGUAUAAUAAGACUUGCACAUGCAAGUGUGGAUUUGAGUCGUAUUCCGCUUGAAUAUAUCUCGAAGAUGGAUCUUGAUUCUAAGGCCAAGGCAUUCCCAAACAUCGAGAAAUUGCUCGAUAAGGCACUUGAGGAGUACUCGAGUGGAUACAAGUUGGUCAAAAAGGAUAAGGAACAGGAAAAGGCCUUUAGACAGAAAUGGGUGCUUGAAAUUUUUGAUUCCUUGGAUGAUUUGAUCGAUAUUGUGAAAAGCUUUGGUGAAGAUCACAAUGAGCAAAUCGACAGCGAUGACGAAGAAAGCCUCGAGGAGGCUGAAGCAGGUGCCAAUGGUAAGACUAUCGUUAAAAAAGAGCAUCCACUAUAUCAAAUAAUUGAGCAGGUCGAGGAAGAUGGUAACAAAUACAACUCCUUCUUUGAGAAACAGUUGUUAAACUUUUUGAAAGAAGUUUCCGUGGCAAAGAAGGCUACGGCGGGAGAAGAAGAGUUGAAGCAAGGUGCCGAGAGUAAGCUUGGAUUGUGGCUUUUGGCAAAAGCAGCAGAGCUACAGUUUGAGGGUGAAGAUAAGGCUCAUGAUGAGGGAAUCAAGAUUCUUCGCAAAGCCAUAGAGCAUCUUGAAAAGUCUUGGAAUGAGGAAAUCCCAAGUACUUGGGUUGAUUUGGCCGAGGCCAAAAUCAGCUUGGGUAACCUGUAUGAUGAUAAGAGUGAAGAGCAGGACAAGUUGUACGAAGAAGCUGCUAAGUAUUUAAGAAAAGCCAACAAUGCUACCCACGGUAAGUACCAGGAGAUUUUGGAUUCCCUAGUGGAUGGCGAGAGCAAUUAA